AUGUCAUAUGACAGUCAAGAUUAUGGAUCACGACUACGGCGUUCAAGGUACGACACCUAUGAUUCACCACCAAUGCGUGGACGGCAGAACGACUACGUACCUGAAUUGCGUCCGCGUUAUCGUGAUUACGAUGAAAUGCAGGAUAGAAGACUCUCAGCGCCACGAAGAGACUACUUCAGCAGACGUGGCGGUGGCGGUAGCGACUACUACAGCGGUCCGCCCCCGCGUCGAACUGAACAAGCUCGACCUUGCAAAGUUCUCGGUGUAUUCGGCCUCUCAAUUCACACCACUGAACGAGAUCUUUACAACGUUUUCUCAAUUUACGGUCGUGUUCGGGAUAUCCAUAUGGUCUAUGACAAUAUGUCAGGCCGGUCACGAGGUUUUGCAUUUGUGUACUACGAUUCAACAGAGGAUGCCCGGCGAGCAAAAACUAGUUGUGAAGGCGGGCUUGAUAUUGACGGUAAAGUUGCUCGUGUUGACUACAGUCUAACCACAGCUCCACAUCGUCCCACGCCCGGUAUUUACAUGGGAAGAAGAUAUGACGAUGAUAGGAGGCGUGGAAGACCAUACGAUCGUCCACCACGCUACAGUCGCUAUCCUGAUGACGACAUAGGCCCUUCCUAUGGUCGAAUGCCUCCACGUUACUGCGGCAACGAUAUGUCUCCAUCGAUGGGACGCCCUGUUCGUGAUCGCUCACCGAUUCGCCCUUCUCGCCACUCGCAACGUUCUGGUGUUAGACGGCGCACCGUCUCCAGUAGUCGCUCAAGGUCGCCACCUCCAGUCUACAAUGGAGGUCGAAAGGUGUCUGAUGGCUCUCCCGAGCGCUCACGCAAGUCUGGAACGGGGAACAGCGUAGGUGGAGGCGCUACUGCUGGCGCAAAGGUGGUUGAUGAGGCCUGGUCCGAUGCUGAGUAG